AUGGACGACGACUUUCACUCCCUCAACAAGGGAGUCUUCGUUAUUCCUUUCCAGCCCGACGACACCGUGGCCGGUCCUUCCAAGCCUCGCCCGCUGGGCAAGGUGUACGACCAUGCGUACCACCGGUAUGAGACUGCAUACAAGAAGUAUGAAGCAGACCGUUCUGUAGAGCAGUUGGACGAGAUUGCCGAAUGGCUGGAGCGCUGCGACAGUCCACCGAUGCUCAACCGCGCGUUUCCCAUUCAACGCCUCCCACUGGCGAUUAUCCAAAGUCUCUCACCCUCGAUUGUUCCCCGUCUCACGUCCUUAGUCCCCAACGCUGUUACAGUCAACGGCCGAGACAUGUCCGACCUCGCAUCGGCUACGCGUGCUGUGGCUGUCGGCUUUUUGGGAGAAGCUGCUUUGGCUUCAAGGAAAGCGGGCAGGACACCCAUUGACGAGGUCGAGCGUUGGUGGCGUGGUUUGCAUGACCAACCCCCACUGCUGCUGCACAUUCAACAAGCACAGUUGGUCUCUACCGCCGUUCUCUCGAAGAUAAUGUACAUCUUUAAUCUCCACGCCGACAUUCCUAUCCGCCUUCUCGUCUCCGUCCCAUCCAUCAACAUUUUCAUGUCCACCUGGACCAUGGUCGAGCCCAGCGAGGUGGACCUGAGCAUUCUCAGCAGCGGACGGACAAGGAAGCGCUCCGCUGGAGUUCAUGCUAUCCUAAAGGCCGCAUCUGAUUACCAAGAGGUCCCCAUCGCCAUCACCGACGAGUUGGCGGAAGAGCUCGGUGGAGAGGAAGAGCUGUUGGGUGGCGGGGCUGCAGGAACACUCAAGUCACUGAAAUGGCUUUUGUUGCACCACAGCUACACUUCACCGCUGGCAUCCAUUGCCGAUGACGAGAGCAGCGACUCUCUCCGCAAAGUUCAGGCGUUGGUUGACGAGAUCAAGGAAGGACAUAAUGGGUCGGGAACCCAUCUGUUCACAAUGGAUACAAACGCCGACCUCAUUUCUGUGCAGAACCCCACCCCUCGCUUGUCCAUUUUACAGGCACUGUCCAAGCCCUCGACGUUCUUGCCUACUACCUCUCCUGCGAUUGGCGAUUUGCACGGUCAUGAAAACGGCGCCGAGGCCGAUGGGGCAGACCCCAACAGGACAUCACCCCUGACAUCUCGCAAGUCUGGCUCCGCAACGCCGAAGGACGAUGACGCUGUGGUAGGAGGUCAGCGAAGGAGUGACGUUGCAGAGAUGGCAGAUUGCAAUGGGGAACCAGCCGCCAGUCGUCCCUCCAACGACCUCUCCAGUGGCUCAGAAGCCUUCAAGGCAGUCGAGGCACUGUACGCUCUCUGGCAAUCCGGUGGCAAGUCGGUCAAUCUGUGGGACUGGCUGGAGGGUUUCCGCGCAGCCGUGGACGAUGAAGAUGACGACGACGAGGACGACGGAGAUGUCUCUGGCGCAUAUGGAGCGGACGAGGACACUACACCUCAAAGGGGCAAGCGCAAGCGGAGGGCCGACGAGGAGAAUGGACGGGACCCAGAGGAGGAAGCCGAAAAGCAAGCGCGGCAACAUGCUACAUUCAUUCGCUUCGUCGAAGAGUCGCGUAUGCUUGGACUUGUUCGCGCACGCGGAAGCCGUACCUCUAAACGCGCAGACGAAGUCGUGAAGGGAGUGUUGAUGAUUUGA